CGAGCCUGUUGUGACUCGCUCAGGGCCACCCCGUCCCAGCAGAUGGAUGCUGGAUCGAGGCGCACCUCAAACUUAAGUGACUGCUACGAGCGAAUGACAUUGUAUAAAAGCGAACGGAACUGCCUAGUUCAGGCGAGCGCGCAGACUCCGACUGAGGUGACCAUCGGUUAUGUCACCUACGCAGGCAAUGGCUGCAAUUACGACAACACCAACUGGGUGCUGUCGAACGACUACAAGACUGUCACCUUCAUGUUCGGCGGGAUGGUUGCGACCACGGACGGGUCGCUCGCCGACAAGAGGAAGUCUUGCCAGAUGUCGUUCUCUGUGAGCUACCCGGAUGGCUGGAGCGUCUCCAUUGGUCAGGCCACGGGCCGCGGGUUCGCUGACAUCGCCGAGAACUCCGACGGCAUCUACGAGACGCACUACUACUUCUCCGGACAAACAGGGACGGCGAUGGUGGAACGCAAAAUCAAAGGCCCAAAGGUUGGCAGCUUCGAGUUCACGGACGACUCCCUAACGCUUGUCUGGAGCGAGUGCAACAACGCGCCCAACCUGAACAUCAAGACGGUGGUGAGAGUGGAGGGCCAGAAGGCUGUCAUGGCGCUCGACUCCCAGGAGACCAAGUUCCAGCUCAUCUUCAAUCUCCAAUGGAGGCAGUGUCCGCAAAAUUGAGACCCCCGUUCACCAUCUCGCACUGAGGGUGGCGGCCCUGGCGGGUGAGCGGGAGGAGAUAAAGAGCGGACGGGUGG